AUGGGUAGCCAGGUUUUACGUGAAUUCGGCCCCGACGCCGAAAUACCAUGUCGGACGGUAGCAAAGACAAGACGCACAGCAAAAGCCUGUCUGCAAUGCCGAUCCAGGAAGCAAAAAUGCGGCGGCCAGUCAAUACACAACCGCCGACGAUCUUGUUCGCGCUGUCUACACCUGGGAUUUACGUGCUCGUUUCUCACUCAACCUUAUGACAAUGAUACCAACUACACGGCUUACUCCCCGGAGACAGCAGAAGCUGUUGAGAAGUUGCGCACUGGUUUCGACGAGCACGAGACGCGGCUACGUUACCUGGAAAGCUUGAUUAAUGACUUCAAAGACAACACCGAUCCAACCCAGGAAACCCCCAGCGUCUCGAAUAUUCAGUCUAAUCACAGUGUUAGCGAGGGUCCACAGGGAACCCAAGAGCUCUUAGAUUCUUAUUCAGGAAACCAACACAUCAUAGAUCCCAUUGGGGGGCCUGCCGAGAUAACAGCAGACCGGGUUGCUCUAAGGACAGUCAACUUGGAUGCUCCGAUAACGACUCUUCGCCAUCUGCACCCUUACGGGACAAAUAGCGAUAUCGGUAACUCAAUGGUGGACCCGGUAAGUUGUGGCUUCAUUCACAUGGGCGAAGCGCAGGAAGCCUGCGAUGUGUUCUUCGCCAACUGCCAUCGCUGGGGGCCUGUCCUUUGUCCGCGAUCACAGCGGUCCGCCGAAGUCGUUCGGAAAGAAAAUCCCGUUCUAUUUACAUCAAUAUGUGCUGUGGGCUUCCGCUUCAUGGGCGAGCCUCGACGGGAUGUUUAUAAACACAUUGUCGCUCUUCUAGAUGCCAUGCUGAGCCGAUUGCUAUUGCAACCGACAUCGGCCGAUGUCAAAUUGGAUCACAUCAAGGCACUCCUUCUGUACAUUCAAUGGAUGCCUCUUGAUAGCAGUCAAUAUGGCGCCUCUUCGAGUAGGUACAAUGAUAUUUCGAGCUGGAGUAUGCUGGGAUUGGCAAUCCGCUAUGCUCUGCUCAUGGGGAUGCACCAGAGUGCUGUUGUGCCCUUCUCAAAUCAAGGUCACCAGGUAGUCACGCAGGAAGAUAUCUUGAGACUCCGUGUCUGA